AACUCAUCUCCUUCUCUUCUUUGUUCGUUCUCUUCUCACUGACGGCGCAAACUUCUUCAUUCUUGAACUUGAAUCUUCGUUCUUCGAUCUCUUUAGUCUUUUCUUCGAUCUGUUUUCAUCUUUGACCGAUUGAUCAUCGUGGACCUUCGCUGUUUGACUUCGAUCUUCUUUGAAUCUUUCAUCUUCGACAUUCGUUCAUCUUACAAUCGUUCAUCAUCUUUGAUUUCAGCGACUGUAACAGGUUUAGAUGGCGUCGUCUAGGCGUAGAGCUCGUAACCGAAAUGAUGCUGAUGAAGAAACAGAAAUUCUGGUAGAUGCUGCAGUUUCAUUGUGCGCAUUUGCCGCUUGGGAAAUAGAAUUUGGAACACAUGGACGACCCAAGAAGAGGAAGAAGAAAUCCGACCAGAGACAAGAACUUGUGGAUGUGAUUGGCAGACUGGUAGACAUACUUGUCGAUAUGAGUAGGGGAUCCAGGGCUGCAAAUCGUAGUGAAGAUGAGGGGGUCGGAGAGAACCUUAGUGCUCCAUCUGAUCCAUUUUCCAUGUCCAACUGUCAGGACAUUUUAACGUCUAUGCAAGUUCAUACAGAUAUAUAUAUCAAAGUUGUCAAAUACUUGUAUGAAAAUCCAAGGUUUAGGGAGGUAUUCGUACAAUUGCCACCCGAGCAUAGGUUAAAUUGGGUUUAUACUAGGUUUUCAAAUUGAUUAGGAUGAGCCUGUUUGUCCUAUGUGUAGUCUCACAAUGUUGUACUAACGAGUGGGCGCUAAUCCCUUGUAUGGUUGUUUAUUUUUUGUAGCAUCUUGAUUUAGUUUUGAUGUAAAUAUGUUUGUUA